UGAUCUCACAUCUGAAACAUGGCUACAGAUUGGCUGGGCAGUAUUGUGUCCAUCAACUGUGGAGAUAGCUUGGGUGUCUAUCAGGGAAGAGUGUCAGCGGUGGAUCAGAUCAGCCAGACCAUCUCUCUGACUCGGCCUUUCCACAAUGGAGUGAAGUGCCUCGUGCCAGAAGUCACCUUCAGGGCAGGCGAUAUUACGGAAUUAAAAAUUCUGGAGAUACCAAGUCCUGGAGAUAGCCAACAUUUUGGAGAUCUUCAUCAGACAGAAUUUGGCCCCUCUGGUGUUGGGUACCAAGUGGGUAUCAAUCAGAAUGGCAUGGGCAAGUUGGUCAAAAAGCCAACCUCCUCCAGCAGUGCCCCUCAGAACAUCCCUAAGAGGACAGAUAUGAAGAGCCAAGAUGUUGCCAUUUCCCCACAACAGCAACAGUGCUCAAAAAGCUAUGUGGACAGACACGUGGAAUCCUUGAGUCAGUCCAAAAGUUUCCGUCGUCGGCACAACUCUUGGUCAUCUAGUAGCAGGCACCCAAAUCAGGCGACUCCAAAGAAAAGCGGCUUAAAGAAUGGCCAGAUGAAGAAUAAAGAUGACGAGUGCUUCGGGGAUGACAUCGAGGAGAUCCCAGACACAGAUUUCGAUUUUGAAGGGAACCUGGCCCUUUUUGACAAGGCAGCUGUAUUUGAAGAGAUUGACACUUAUGAGAGGAGAAGUGGUACUCGUUCCCGGGGCGUCCCAAAUGAAAGGCCUGCUCGGUACCGCCAUGAUGAGAACAUCCUGGAGUCAGAGCCCAUUGUCUACCGAAGAAUCACAGUGCCCCACAACGUCAGCAAGGAGUUCUGCACUGACUCUGGCCUGGUUGUCCCAAGUAUUUCCUAUGAGCUGCAUAAAAAGCUGUUAUCCGUGGCUGAGAAGCAUGGACUGACUCUGGAGCGGAGACUGGAGAUGACAGGCGUCUGUGCCAGUCAGAUGGCACUGACCCUCCUUGGAGGACCCAACAGGUUGAAUCCCAAAAAUGUUCACCAGAGGCCUACAGUGGCCCUGCUAUGUGGGCCCCAUGUGAAGGGGGCUCAGGGUAUCAGCUGUGGAAGGCAUCUAGCCAACCAUGAUGUCCAGGUCAUCCUCUUCCUGCCCAACUUUGUCAAGAUGCUAGAAUCCAUCACCAAUGAGCUGUCUCUCUUCAGCAAAACCCAAGGCCAACAAGUAUCCAGCCUCAAAGAUCUCCCCACCAGCCCUGUGGACUUGGUGAUCAAUUGCCUGGAUUGCCCUGAGAAUGCCUUCCUACGGGACCAGCCCUGGUACAAGGCAGCUGUGGCCUGGGCCAACCAGAACCGGGCACCAGUACUCAGCAUAGACCCUCCUGUGCAUGAAGUUGAACAGGGCAUCGAUGCCAAAUGGUCACUAGCACUGGGUCUGCCUCUGCCACUGGGGGAUCACGCAGGCCGUGUCUAUCUGUGUGACAUUGGCAUUCCCCAGCAGGUGUUCCAGGAGGUGGGCAUCAACUACCACUCACCCUUUGGCUGCAAGUUUGUCAUCCCACUGCACUCUGCCUAGAGGGGCUUGGGGUAGGCUGGCAGGUCCCCUGCUGAACUUGACAACGAACGCCUUAAGGAUGUGAA